AUGUCUUCCUCGGCUUCGUGCUCGCUCUCCUCUCUCGCCGUCGCUUCUCCUACCCAAACCGACACACCGCACCACUGCCCAGUCAACUCAUUUCCAGACCGCUCUCUCAAGCCGUCACUCCGUAGUCCGCUUCCGCGUCCCGCCUCGCCGUGCUUUCACUCCGGCUUGCUUUCAGUCAGACCGGCGUUCACCCAGCGUUACCGUGGCAGACUGAAUCCGUCAGUGCCGUCAGCAUCCUCCCAGCACACGCUGCCAGCGUCCUCCCGGCAUUCUCACUCGACUGAACGAGGACGAAAUCAUGCUCAUGCUGGCAAACACCGGUCAUCUAUUGAAGAAGGUCGAACGGUGGUAUCUCCAGCUACCGACGCCGCAUCCCUGCAGGGGUCCGUUCAAGACAAAAGACCUGCCACGUCACCAGGAUCUGUUCGAUCCGUCGCUAACGGCUGGGAUGAGCUGGAUAAUCUGGAGGACAUGACGGUGAGGCGGAGCGCGCGGAGUAGCGGGGGAAGUAGGGGAAGCGGGGCGCGGAGGACCGGCAGUGCGCGGUUCCGGGCGGAGGAGCUGCGCCGGAAGCAUCGGGAGCGGAGCCAGGCGCAACAGGCACGGCAGGUGCGGCAGCAAGGGCAGCAGCAAGCGCAGCAGCAAUCGCAGCAGCAACGGCAGCAGCAACAGCAGCAGCGGCGAUACUCCGAGGCCGCGCGUGCAUUUGAGCCGGAGGUGAUUUUCGAGGGGCCUAACGAGGGCGGCGAGGAGUGGAAGCGUGCCGCGGGCCGCGUGUGGGAAUGGAUUGCUGUGAAGAGCGGAAGCGGCGGCGGCGGCGGCGGCGUCGGCUCUUGGUCGUUCUUCGAGCCGUUGUCUGCGAAAUAUUAUGCUGGUAACAUUUCGCCCGGUUCCGAGGGAGCUUUCGCGGAUCUCGUGCUGCUCGCGAUCUUUCGCGUAGUCCGCUUCUUCCGCCGAGCGGCAGCGUCGCUCAGCGCCACCAUCGUCGCCGCGCUACCGUCGACUUCCCAAACGACACUGAUUAAGGCCGUAGUGGACGGCGCUCUGCUGCUCUCAGGAGUGUGGCUGCUGCGAGGCGUCUUCGAGUUUCCCGCCAUCUCUUCUCGGGCUGUGUCCAAGGCCUCACAUCUUCGUCCGUCCCUUUUCUCUUCUCUCCCCGGCCAUCCCUCACCAGGCCGCCGCCAGCCCCCCUUUUCUGGCGUACCGCCCGUCCCUGGUAGAGUCGCUUCCGUCAAAGCAGAUUAUAGCGUGUACAGAGAUAACGCAUCAUGGCACGAGGGAGACCGGUACACUGCAGGGGAGGGAUUCAGUAGGCGGAACGGGCGAUUCGAGCGGUGGGAGGGGGUGAGCGACGACGAGCUGGGAAUUGGAUAUGCGUCGAACGGAUAUGCGUCGGAUGGGGACAGCGAGAGUAGCCUGAGCGGAGUAGCCAAUGGAAUCAGCCAUAACGGAGCAGACGCAGAGAUAAAUUUGAACCCUAGCAUCGAUUCGGCUGCUACCGAGACAGUUGGACGAAUCGUGGGUGAUACCAACCAUCGGCCACGAGCAGCUGCUGACGUCAGCGCGUACGACCAUAGCGAAGCGGCCGCCGCUGCUUAUGGCGCGGAUGCUUUCCAUUCUGUAAACGGUGCAACUGCUGCUGCUGCCGCCGAACAUUCCAAUGUACAUAAUUCUAGGAGUGGUGUGCGCAGCAUCCGCAGCAGCAUCGGCAGCAGUAUCGGCAGCAGGGGCAUGCGCGUGUACGAGUGUUGCAACGGCACAUGCCCUGCUUGCAGAACGCCCGCGUUUACCAAAGCAGUCCCUGUCGGGGAUAGCGCCGCGAGUGGUGUGCCAAGGGCUAAUAGACCUGGCAGGGGCAGUGCUCGUAGUAGUGUGGCAGGGGUUGAUAGGGCUGGAAUGCUGGUUGAGGAGGAAAGUGUAGCGGCAGCUUCAGGUGCAGUCGCAGGUGCAAGUUCAGAGAUGAAAGCAUGGAACGAGGCCAUUGUCGCUAGUGCUUCGCCCCUAGGCCCUACUUAUGGGGAUGGUGCUCCUGCUGCUUCCGCUGCUCGUAGCGUGGGCGGGUUUCACGACGUAACCUCUGCUUCCCCUGUGCCAGACGAAUAUUUCUCAUCUGCGCUGCCCGAUUCUGCUGCUCAUGCUGACGCGGCCAGAAGGCUGGAAGCCGUCCGAUUGGACCUCAAACGCCACGUGGCUACUGAAUCUGCGCGUUCUACUGCUGCUGCUACUGCAGCGCCGCCUGCUGUUACCCCCGCAGCUGCUGCUGGCAGUACCGCCGGGGAAGCUAAAGUCUUCGACCCACUUGCAACAGCAACACCUACAGCACCAGCAGAAGCAGCAGCAGCAGCUGCAGCAGCAGCAACCGGAGUGGCAGAUCUCAGUGCAAAUGCAUCAAGAUGGGAGGAGGGCGUGAGCGGAGAGGACGAUCUGAACCUCAACGCGGUCUUCCUUGAGAAUUUCUGCGAGUGGCCGCUCAGACGCGUUGCUGUGGCUGCUGCUGGGAGCAGGGCGGACCCGGCCAUACGAACGGAUAGGGUGGGGCGGGCGGGCAGGGCAGACCGGGUGGGGCCUGUCGUGGGGAGAGGAGGUGCGGGAGGCGAGAGCAGGGUGGCGCCUGUGGGUGCGAGUGGUGCUAUGCAGCCAGGGCAGUGGGAUGUGCGCAGCAGUGCGGUGGGGGGAGAGAGAGAAGGGAUAGCUCAGGGCAGCAAGAAGAGUGUUCCUGGGGGGGCUGGCUUGGGUCUGAGCCUGGACUCGUUUGGGUUGGAUUCGCUAGGGUUGGAUGCGCUGGGAUUUGAUGCGUGGCAGGCGUUCAUGUGGGCGUCUGACAGGAUCUAUGGCAGCAGCUAUGGGGACUAUAGCUUUCACCGGAGGCAGGGGGGGACAGGGAGAGCAGGGGGGGCUGGGGGAGCUGGGGGAGCAGGGGGAGCAGGGGGGACUGGGGGGGCAAGGGGACAUGGGUUGCUGGGAGGAGAACGAGGGCAGCAGCAGGCAGGACAGGGGGGUUUGCCUGGCAGCGGGAGGGGUAUGCCUGGCUGGGGUAUGGGAGGUGUGGGUGGGAUGGUGGGGAUGGGAGGAAAAGGAGGUAUGCCUUUGACGGUUUCCCAAGGGGAGAGGCAGCAGAGCGGUGGUUGGUCAGGAAUGAGGUCCAGCAGCAGAAGGCAAGGAAAGCGCUCUGAGUGGGACUUUGACCUGAAUAGCAUGCCGUGA